UCUGUCCGUCCGCUCAGCAACCAACUUGGCUCCCCACCACUACCUACCUCGCAUCCUCGUGACCCACCACCUCUUCUGGCUGAAGUACAUUGCCGCCCAGUAUGGCGGACCCGCGACUGCGUAGGAUCAACAAGGAGAUCCAGGAUAUCAAGAAUGACAAGGCGUCCAAGGUCGAGAUCGCCCUCGUAGCAGACUCGCCCUUCCACCUCGUCGGCACCUUUCCCGGCCCUGAAGGCUCCCCUUACGAGAGCGGUACCUUCGAUGUGGACAUCACCGUGCCAGAUGGCUAUCCCUUCCAGCCCUUGAAGAUGAAAUUCAUCACGCGCGUUUAUCACCCGAACAUCUCGUCACAGAGUGGCGCCAUCUGUCUCGAUAUCCUCAAGGAUGCGUGGAGUCCGAUCCUCACUCUCAAGUCGACACUCCUCUCGCUGCGCAGCCUGCUCUGCUCACCCGAGCCCAGUGACCCACAAGAUGCAGAAGUCGCCAAUCACUACAUGUCGGACCAAAAAGGCUGGGAGGAAACGGCAAAGUACUGGACGGAAUGCUACGCCAAUGGAUCAGAAAGCGCGAGACCACCUGAGGCAGGGUCAGCAGGUGCAGGCGCGGCCAGGAAAGCGACAGGGGAAGAGGGAGAUGUUGAGGAGGCCGCAGCCAAGGCUGGUUUGAAGGUCGAGCAUGUGCAGCAGUUUUCUGCAAUGGGCUUUGACAAAAUGAAGGUCAUCGAGGUGCUCAGAAGGCUGAACUAUCGCGGUGCAAACGUACGCAACGUCACCGACGACCGAGUCCUCAACGAGCUGUUCGGCGCAUAGCCGCAACUGGACCGCCAAGGAGCACGACAGUCACGCUACCUUCCCACGACAUCGACUCCCACGACAUCAACUCAUCUCCCCCUUGGCAUCCAC